UUCCAGAGACUUUACGUCAGUUCGACAGAAUGAGAAUUUUCAAACUUACCUUCUUGUUGCUUACCAUCUUAGUGAUUCUCUCUGCUGUGAACGUUGGUGAAUGCGGAGUCAAAGACUUUCUCAGAAAAGCUGGAGAAGUUGCCGUAAAAGCUGGAGAAGGGAUUGGAAAAGGGGUAAAAACAGUUGUAAAAACCGUCGUAAAGGUGGAAAAGGCGAUCGAUCACUUUGGAGGAAAAACAGUUCCUAAACUGUUAGACGCUGCUGAGAAAUUCACAAAACAUUGAUAUUUCGUGCUC